UAUACGUGAGAAGGAUUUGUAACAAGAAUUCAAAACCAUCCACAAUGUCAUCCAAUGUAGAGGAUAUUGUGGCUAAAGUUGUAGGCCUUGUUUACAAAGAGACCGAACCUGUACUCGACAUCAAACAACUAAAGAGAGGGGAUCACAUAAUGUUCCACCGAGUGGUGUUUACUCACCAUGCUAUUGUUACAGAUGUGGACGAAACGGCAGAGAAGUUUGAAGUAAUUGAGUUUGGUGAAGGAAUUGGAAAUUCCUUCAAAGCUGAAAUCAAGAGAGAAAGAUAUAAAAUGGAAGAAUAUAAGGAUCCAGUUCCAAUCAUUUAUCGUUUUACCUACGAAAAUGGUAAACGCAACAGUCCUAAUGAGACAGUCGCCAUCGCAGAAGAGUGCCUUGAAAAUACAGCUCUCAUAAAGUACGAUCUGUUGUUUAACAAUUGCGAACAUAUGGCUUAUUAUUGUGCAACUGGCGAACAUAAAAGUCCACAGGCUGAAAAUUUCUUGAAAGCUGUCGACAUUGCUUUAUCGGCUCUUCAAAAACUCAAAACGAAACUGACAAAAUAGGAAUAAUAUCAUUUUAUGAAGAAAGCAAACCCGACGACCGUUUUCUAAAUAUCGAACAUCUCAUGUUAAUUAGUUUCAAUUCCUGUAUAAUUCAAAAUCGUGUAUCAUUUCCUUUUUGUUGUUUAAUCAAAUGCUAUAAUCAAUAACAUGUAAUAAAUAUAUGUGUUAUCUUAAUUGUGAUUUUAAUUUCUGGUUCCUUCUAAACAUUGUUUGAAAGAUGUAGAGUAAUAUUCACUCCACUGUUAUUUAAAGGAAUACAAGCUAUAUGAAAGCCGAAUUUUGUCUGAAACAAAAUGAUUAAUGUUUUGAAACACAUGAAGUGUAAUAAAAAAAAUAAUACUUUCCACAAAAUUUUACUAUAGACAUCGUUGUAAUAACAAAACAAUUAAGCAAUAACUGUCAAUUAAGAAUUCAGUCUUU